GUGGAGAUGAAGGAGAAAGAGGCCCCCGAUGCGCACUUCACAGUGGACAAGCAGAACAUCUCCCUCUGGCCUCAAGAGCCUUCUCCCAAGUCGGAUCUGUCUCAAGUCCUAAGGAAAACUCUCAACCUCCGUGUGGCCUUCGUCUGUCUGUCACUGGUGCUGGUGGCCAUGAUUGUGCUUCAAGCUGUCUUCUACCCCAGGAUGAUGGACAAAAUACUGGAAGUGAGGAGUGAUGCCCAGGUGUUGAGAGGCCGUGUGGACAACGUCAGCACCCUGCGCUCUGAUAUCGAGAAGGACAGAAGCCGUGUGGAGGAGGCUGAAGUUCAGAUGCAGAUGCUGAACACCAGCCUCACCCAGGUGCGUUCUCAGAUCCUGACUUUGAGGAACAGAAUGGAGGAAGUCAAUGCCAAGAUCACUAUGUUAAUAGGAAGCUGGGAGGAGGUCGGCAACCUCAAUGCCAAGAUCCCAGAGCUGCAGAGAGAUCUGGAUAAAGCCAGCGCUUUGAACGCAAAGGUCCGAGGACUGCAGUACAGCUUGGAGAACGUCAACAAGCUGCUCCAGCAACAGAGUGACAUUCUGGAGAUGGUGUCCCGAGGCUGGAGGUACUUCAGGGGGAACUUCUAUUACUUUUCACACACCCUAAAGACCUGGUACAGCGCGGAGCAGUUCUGCAUUUCUAAAGAUGCUCAUCUGACCUCAGUGACCUCAGAAUCAGAGCAAGAAUUUCUCUACAAGACAGCAGAUGGGCUUCCAUUCUGGAUUGGUCUCACCAAGGCAGGGACUAAUGGGGAUUGGUACUGGGUGGAUGAGACGCCGUUCAGCAUGGAGCAAAGCAAAAGGUUCUGGAUUCCGGGAGAACCCAACAAUACAGGGAACAAUGAACACUGUGCCAAUAUGAAGGUGCCCUUCCCGCAAGCCUGGAAUGAUGCUUCCUGUGAUAGUAAGCUCCUCUUCGUCUGCAAGCGGCCCGACGUCUAG